GCUGUCUCUCUUUCAUUUAAAUCUCCCCACCUCACUCACACACUCUCUCUCUCUAUCUAUCUCUCCUUCGAAUCCUCUCUAUAUUUUCCCAUUUUACCCUUCCUUCAUCUUCGAAUUUCCAAAACCUCUACCACUCCCUCUCGCCGAUGUAUCGUGUAGCGACAUGAUGAAGAACACCACCACCACCACCACCACUCAUUCUCUCCUCUCCUUCUUCAUCUUCUUCUUCUCCGUCGCUACUAUCUCUCAUUCCUUCUCAGUCUCAUUCUCCAAUGCUCCUCUCUCCGUCAACGAAGUCAGAUUCAUCCAACGCCGUCAGCUUCUCGAGUUCGCCGACCGCGGCGAGAAUGUUACGGUAGAUCCGUCGCUUGUAUUCGAGAAUCCGAGGCUUCGUAGUGCUUACAUAGCUCUACAAGCUUGGAAACAAGCUAUCCUCUCUGAUCCUAAUAACAUCACUUUGAAUUGGAUCGGAUCCAAUGUCUGUAGCUACACCGGUGUUUUCUGUUCCCGCGCUCUUGAUAAUCGCCGGAUCCGUACCGUCGCCGGAAUCGAUCUUAACCACGGUGAUAUCGCUGGGUAUUUGCCUCUAGAGCUUGGUUUGUUGACAGAUCUGGCUUUGUUUCAUGUUAAUUCGAAUCGUUUCUGUGGUACUGUGCCUCGCACUUUCAAUCAGCUUAAGCUUCUGUUUGAGCUUGAUCUUAGUAACAACAGAUUCGCCGGGAAGUUUCCGACGGUGGUUCUUCAGUUACCGUCGUUGAAGUUUUUAGAUCUCCGGUUUAACGAGUUCGAAGGAACUGUACCAAAGGAGCUUUUUAGUAAAGAUUUAGAUGCGAUUUUCAUUAACCAUAACCGGUUCCGGUUUGAGUUACCGGAAAAUUUGGGUGAUUCUCCGGUUUCGGUUAUUGUUAUUGCGAAUAACCAUUUCCAUGGCUGUGUUCCGACGAGUUUGGUUGAGAUGAAGAAUCUUAAUGAGAUUAUUUUGAUGAACAAUCAUUUGAAUUCUUGUUUGCCGGCGGAUAUUGGGAGGUUGAAGAACGUUACGGUGUUUGAUGUUAGUUUUAAUGAGCUUGUUGGUCCUUUGCCGGAGAGUGUUGGUGGUUUGGUGGAGGUUGAGCAGUUAAAUGUGGCUCAUAAUUUGUUGUCCGGGAAGAUUCCGGCGAGUAUUUGUCAGUUACCGAAGCUUGAGAACUUCACUUAUAGUUACAAUUUCUUUACUGGUGAAGCUCCUGUGUGUUUGCGGUUGUCUGAGUUUGAUGAUCGGAGAAAUUGUUUGCCCGGAAGACCUGCUCAGAGAUCUUCACGGCAAUGUUCUGCUUUCUUGUCACGGCCGCCGGUGGAUUGUGAAUCUUUUAGUUGUGGUCGUUCUGUUUCACCGUCUCCUCCUAUUGUAGCAUUACCGCCUCCUCCUCCUCCAUCGCCACCUCUACCUCCACAAAUCUACUCUCCUCCGCCGUCACCUCCUGUCUACUCUCCUCCGCCGUCACCCCCUUACUCACCUCCUCCUCCACCGACAGUCCAUUACAGUUCUCCUCCACCACCACAACCAGUCCAUCACAGCUCUCCACCACCACCACCGUCUCCAGAAUACGAAGGUCCAUUACCGCCUGUCAUAGGAGUAUCAUAUGCAUCACCACCACCACCACCCUUCUAUUGAUGAUGAUUCUUUCAGAGGUAAAAAAAAACACCCCCACCAAAAACGAUGUCGUUUCUACUUACUCUAUCAAAAAUCAAGAAACAAGACUUCGUUCAUAGAUUAUUUUACAGAGAUCAAAAAAGAGAAAGAAUUUAAGAGAGUGAUCAAGAUUGUCUAGAAGAAGAAGAAGAAGAAGAUUUAUUCCGAUGAAAAUAAGAGAGAUUAUUAUUAUAAAUUAUUAUUAGGGUUUCCAGGGGGGGAAAACAAAACAAAAACAAGUUGUUUGUAUAGAGGAUGAUGAUAAAAAAAAAUCGGAGCAACAUCUUCUGCUGCUCCAUUUGUUUUUCUUCAUUUUGUUGUGUCUCUUUUUUUUUUGGGUCAGAUUAAUUUUAUUUUUAUUUUUGUGUUUCUAUCUUUCUUUACAAAUUCAAGAGUUCCUAAUUUCGUAAGUGAAACUCUGUGCUCACAUUUUUCUCUAUUUUUUUGGGUUUAUGUUUUGAUCGAUCUAUCAGAAAGA